GUGAUUUCCAAUAUAAUAAAUGUAAAAUGGUUGCUGGAUGGAGGACAAUUGAACUAGCUUUCUAAUAUGGGAUUGAGUCCCGACCACUUGAAUACUUCCACCCGAAUGCUUGUCUUGGAAUAGAAAGAAAGGAAAAGAAGAAUUUAUCAUCUCCGUCGUCCUUAAUCUUUUUUUUUUCUUCUUCUUCCCCGCCGGCCGUUUGAGCGCUACGUCAAGCGACUCUAUUCAUCAUGUUCAUUCUUACAACGAUCUCGGAUCUUAUCCAGAUCUCCCCGGAGGAUUUCUCCAAAUAUAGCGCUGUGGCUCUCGAGGAUAACAUCAACGAGAAGUAUGCCAACAAAGUCAUUCAAAAAAUCGGCCUAUGUAUUGGUUUCUAUGAUCUGCUAGAGUCUUCAGAUGGUCUGAUUGGCCAUGGUACUGGACUUGUUAAUGUAAAUGUCAAAUUCCGUCUGAUAGUCUUCCGCCCGUUCAAGGGCGAGAUCAUGCUUGGGAAGAUCUCGAGUGCGACAGAACAUGGCAUCAAGGUUGCCGUGGAAUUCUUCAACGAUAUCCUCGUGCCCCCUGAUCUACUCCUGGAUGGCGCCAGAUUUGACUACGCGGAUCAAGUCUGGAUCUGGGAGAACGAAGAUGGCUCCACGUUCUACUUUGAUGUUGGUGAAGUUGUUCGAUUCCGCGUCGAGAUGGAAGAAUGGCACGACCAGAUCCCGAAUGCGCCGGAUCUAGGAGAUGCCGCCGCCAUCGAGCGGAAACCCCCAUAUUCGAUUAUAGGAUCCAUGCAAAUGGCUGGAUUGGGUCCGAUUUCAUGGUGGUGAUUGAUGACUUGCUUUGUUUUUGGAGAGGAAGAAUACGAGAGCUUUCCGUGGAUGGGAUUGCAUUGUACACUACUACUACUACUUACAUACAGUGGGUUCAAAGGAAAAGUGAAAAGUAAAGGGGGAAAUUUGGAUAUACCACGUUGGGAUGGAAGUUGCAGAGAGAGACGAUCAAGAAUCCCAUCGAU